AGUUAUCCAAUGGGGCUGGUGGAGCGCGCGUGAUCAAGUCUAACAACCUCACUCUUGUCUAUAGCCAUUUCUCUUUCAUCGCUCUCAUUACUCUCACACUCUCUCUCUCUCUGAUCGUUUCCUCUUCACUCCGAGUCGCCGCAGUAGCCCUCCGUCCUUGCUCCGAUGGCGUCGCCGGUCGUCGACAAAGAUUACCUCAAAGAAAUCGAUAAGGCUCGCCGUGAUCUCCGUGCUCUCAUUUCCAGUAGAAACUGCGCUCCGAUCAUGCUCCGACUAGCGUGGCACGAUGCUGGUACUUACGAUGCGAAGACGAAGACCGGUGGGCCUAACGGUUCCAUUAGGAAUGAAGAAGAGUAUACUCAUGGCUCUAAUAGUGGAUUGAAGAAAGCUGUUGAUUUUUGCGAGGAAGUGAAGUCUAAGCAUCCAAGGAUUACUUAUGCAGACCUGUACCAGCUUGCUGGUGUUGUUGCUGUUGAGGUCACUGGAGGCCCCACCAUUGAUUUCACUCCUGGCAGGAAGGAUUCAAAAAUUUCUCCCAAAGAAGGAAGACUUCCAGAUGCGAAAAGAGGUGCACCACAUCUGAGGGACAUCUUCUAUCGAAUGGGGUUAUCGGACAAGGAUAUUGUUGCACUCUCUGGGGCUCAUACGCUGGGAAGGGCACAUCCAGAGAGAUCUGGUUUUGAUGGUCCUUGGACUCAGGAACCCCUGAAGUUUGAUAACUCAUACUUCGUAGAAUUGCUGAAAGGGGAAUCAGAGGGAUUGCUGAAACUCCCAUCAGAUACAGCUCUGUUAGAUGAUGCUGAGUUCCGUAAAUAUGUUGAGCUAUAUGCAAAGGAUGAGGAGGCAUUUUUCAGAGAUUAUGCUGAAUCACAUAAGAAACUCUCUGAGCUUGGGUUUACUACAAGUUCCUCCAAGAUUAUUGCAAAGGAUAGCACCAUAAUAGCACAAGGCGCAGUUGGAGUUGCAGUUUGUGCUGCUGUCGUGAUCCUGGGCUACUUAUAUGAAGCUCGCAAAAGAAUGUAGACUUGCUUGCUGAUUACUCUGGAUCCCUUAUGAAUAAGUGACAUUGAAUUUUGUUUCUUUAUUUUUUCGUUCGCUUAGAUUGAGAGAGGUCUGUACUUCAUAUCUUUGAUAACAUUAAUAUCCCAUUCUUCCGUGCAGCUUAGCUGGUACAUUUACUACUAGAAACAUACAAGUGAAACUUUGAGUCA